AGGAGCUUUACAAACCAAUUGGAUUUUUUUCAGGGCUUGCCACGAACUACCGUGGCUGCGAAUUCAUUCAUGUAAGUAAUUUUUAAUCUGUAUGUAACGGCUACAGUCCGUGACCGUGUCCGGAGUAGCACUUCUUGCCGAUAUGCUUUUCGUUUCUCCCGUGAUUUCACCGCAAGGAGGCCCCCCGGCCUCUAGCGUGGUCCGCCGAACAAGCAUUGCCGGGGUGCCUGGGUUCGCGGGACUCGCGACGCCACGGGCACAGCCGCCGCCGGUCGAGAACCUGAAUAACGCGGUACGGCGGUACAUCUCCGCGAGUCUCUCGCCGCGGCGGUUUCGUGCGCAGGUCGCGGUUUCCACGCCUACGAGAAAUGCUUGUACGCCGGGGGUCGUGGUGGCGACAGCAGGCGCUUCGUCAUCCAGCAGUAAGAAUGUGUUGAGAGGUGUUGGCUCCUCGCCUGUCAAAGCUGCAGUAAGUUCCUCGGUGACGACAAUCGACGCAGAUGCUGUCGAGCCGGUUGCUAUAAUACCAGAAGAGGAAGAGGGGGAUAUAGAAGUGGAAAAGGAGCCGCAAAGCCAAAGGAAAUCCCAACGCCUCGACAAACCGGCGCUGGCCGACAGUCGAAGAACUUCGCUGUCACGCUCCUCGUCCUGCGCCGGCCCGAGAGAUCUUCUGAAUCCGCGAUCUACAACGACGGUGAAAACAACAACAGCCGCGCCACGAGUACUACCGCCGACGAAUAGCAGCACGCUUUUACUCGGAAACGGGCCGGCUUUUCGCGGAGGUCCAGCGCCUCUCCCAAGCGGUUGCCAGACGCUCCGGUGGCCGAUGCCGCCAGCUUCAGCGCGAAACGGGCCUACGGGUGCAGCCUCUGGCGCGUCUUCUUCAACAUCAUCUACUGCAGCAGGGAAAAAGCCGGCGGUGCAGAGUAGUACUCAACAACCCUCGUCGUAUAACAAAAUUCCAACCGGUGGACCAGUUGCGUCAGCGGUGACAUUCGCACCCGGAGCUCGGAGUCCUUUGGCGGCACGCAGUCCCACGGGGAAUUUUCCGGCCUUCUGCCUCACCCCUCGAGUUGGGGCACCACCUUCUGCCAAUGCGAGACCCAACCUUCUCCCGGACCACAGUACCACGGCGCUUUUGUCAUCAAGGAAUCAUGUGCAGCUACCUCCUUCGGGACGAGCGCGGCCACCGGUCAUACCGAGCAAACCUCCCACUGGUGCUGCAUCCGUACGUGACGUGGUUUCAGCGGCGCCUCUUCCGAAGAAGCGGCCAUCGGGUACUUCAACUAAGACUUUUGUGAAAAGCCGAGAUGGCGGCCUCCCGCUCUGACUCUGUUUCAAAAAGAAUUUAGCGUAAUUUUCUGAAUUCACUUCAAACAAUCUUCAACAAAAAACAAAGGUACGUCGAGCACAUCUGGUGGCCCAUCCAGCAGCAGUUCUAGCAUCUCGGCUCCAAACGCAGCCUCCGAACAAGAUCUCAGCCGUAGACCCUCCCUCAACGAGGGAAUUCCCACCGUCGGGUCGAGCAUACGUGCGAAUAGUGGAGCUUCCAGUUCUGGACAAGGGACAGCAGAAGACGCCGAUAGUGCGACACGAAAGAAAGCGGAUAUUAACCCGGCUAAUACAACUAGCAGCAGUACUAGCAAGCCAGCAAAGAGAGUGGAACUGCAUAGCAGCGCUGCAAUCGACAAAUCCCGAGAUGACCGGAUUUCCCCCGCGAAUUCGUCUCAUCCCGGUUCGGUCGCGGAGGAAUUCGAGGACUCUUUUCUGGAUUGUCGGUCGCCACUCAGUGCUGCACAGAAGCGGAAUGGAACAAGUGGUCCGAGUAGUAGGCAGACAAGCAAGAACAGUAGUGAAGACGGGGAAGGGACAAUAUCAAGUGCGAACGAGAACGUCGAUCCAAAAGCAGACGAAAGUGUCGACGGUCCGGUGGUCGUUCUUUCUCCAGAGAGAACACCAGCUGAGAACAACGGACAAGGAAAUCCAAGCGGCAUCGUCAAGGGCAGUACCACCGACAAGAAGGCUAACAAUAACUCGGAGAGCAAGCCGCGGCGCGCGAGCGAAUGCGAGCCGAGCCCGACUGCUCCCGCAAACACGACCCCAUCCACGCGUCGAACCUCUGAACAGAGCAAAAUCGGCUGGGCCGCGAAAUUGCAGCGGAACGGAGAAGUUUUGCGAGACAUCCUGCGGGGCUUCUCGAGUUCCAGCGACGAGGAAAAGUCGCCAGAAAGCCGGUUGUAUGUGUCGCCCCAGAAGGAAGAGGAGCAAGUCGCAGGGCAGCCGCAGGAACCUCCGUCCGCGUCGCAAACUACAGAAAGAGCAAAGGACGACGAGGCAGUCACCCUGCUGGUCGCUGACGCAACAGACGACGAAAUUGUAACUACGCAGGAGGAAGAGAGUGAAAUAGAAACUACAUCAAAGGUGAAGCACGAUGGCAACAGCCAGAAAAUAAAAGCUGAGAAAAGUGCGAUGGAAACUACUACAAAUCUUCACAACAGCGACAAAAAGCCGGUAGGAAAAAUGGAUAUUCUCAGUCCAACCCCAACGAAGCCACGACCGGUCAGUCGUUUCCCGAUGCCGAUGAACGACCCACCUAGCCGGCCAAUGAGUCCGAUAUUGCCAAUCCGUACAAAAUUAGUCCCGUUUUCGGUACGUCAGGGAGUCGACGGCAAGGACCCAAGUCCGACAAAAGCCGUGAACACGACGGCAGUGCAAGCAGAUGCGGCGGAAGCGGAAAAAGAUCAGGAGCCGGAAUCACAGAACAUGCUCGGCUUUCUUGCGCAGGCGGCACGACUGUGGAAGACGCAGUCUUCGUAAUCGUCAUGGUGGCCCUGGCGCUGUGCAUGCCGGCAAUGUAAACAACGGACACCAAAUGCACCAGUGCAGUAUCAUGUAUCAACGAAUUACAGUGACAGGCUAUUGCCCUUCGCAUUGCGUUGUACUGGCGUUUUUUGACUGAAGUCAAAUGUCAUCAUCUUCCAAUUCUAUUGCUAGCUUUCGAAGCUAAAACCUAUUUGUCGAAAUGUGUACCAAUGUGGUGGUUUGUUUUUUCAGAAAGACAAAUUGCUUUGAAAAUGAAAUCAAAAUUUGGCCACUGAACUUGUGUAUGAUUUUUUUCCAGAAAUAGUUAGGUUCAAAAUGCACCUAUCGUCAUGAUUUUCGUUUUACCGGUUGUCGUUGUGUACAAUCAUCUAGACGACGCCUGCGUCAAGAGCGAAAUUAAUGUAAAUGUAUCAGCACCUGCUCCUUGUACCCAGACUUUGUCUGUUGUCAUGUGAAUAACCAGUGAAUGCAACCGUGCAUGUGGCUUUUGGCUGCAAGACUUAUUUGGAGGCGGAGAUGUGAGUGUAAUGGGGUUUGAAUUUCGUUUCAAAAUCAAAUUGCAAUUGGCGAUAGUCUUCAUCUGUUGGUUACAGGGACUAAAGCGCCACAAGCUUCGUGAUUUUCUCUGUAGGAAAAGUGGAUCAUCAGUGUGAACACCAGUAUCCGUUACCAAUUCUAGAUCAAUGUGAAGAUGAAAUCGUUUCACGUCAGGCAAG